UAUUUUUUUUAAAUUAUUUUUUUGCUGUUUCAUUUGAAUUUGUACUCUGUCUAUAUUGGGUGGUUCUGUAUCUGUAGUUGUAGAGGAAUUGGGGUGUUUGAGGAUUUUUGGUCAGAACAUAAUUGUGGGCUGGGUGUGGAAUUAGGGGAAUAGGAAUUUGUGGCUCUGGAUUGAUAGUAUUGCAGAGAAGCUCGGUCUCGACUUACCAGGGGCCGAUCGUCGUUGAUUCUGUUUGGGUUUAAUUAUUAGAAGGUCUUUGAUUAGGAGAAAACUAGAGUGCUUUCUGGAUUAGCGAUGGGGAAGUCUACAGGGAAGAAGAAGACACAGGCAGAAGGGAAAUCUGGUGGUGCAAAUGCGAAGCAGAACAAAUUGGGGGACCAGGGCACCAAGGCCUACGACAAGGACACAGCCGUCUUCAUCAGCAUGUCUCAGGGGCUGAAAGAGGAAGGGAACAAGCUCUUUCAGACGAGGGAUUAUGAAGGAGCCAUGUUGAAGUAUGAGAAAGCCCUCAAAUUGCUGCCCAGAAACCACAUAGAUGUGGCCCACCUCCGCAGUAACAUGGCUGCUAGCUACAUGCAGAUGGGUCUGGUCGAUUACCCCAGGGCCAUCAGAGAGUGUAAUCUGGCUCUUGAAGUUGCUCCAAAGUACAGUAAAGCUCUCUUGAAGAGGGCUCGGUGCUAUGAAGCUAUUAACAGACUUGAAUUAGCCUUGAGAGAUGUUAAUACGGUUCUUAGCACGGAGCCUAAAAAUCUCACAGCAUUGGAGCUUGAAGAAAGUUUGAAGAAGGCAAUUGAGAAGAAGGGUAUCCAGGUGGACGAUAAAGGGAUCAUUUUGGCCCCAGAGUACGUCGAACCUCUUCCUGAUUCACCUCCAUGUAAAGUAGUUAAAGAGAAGAAGAAAAAGAAGAGCCAUACAAAGGAGGAAAAGAAAGCUGAAGACAAAACUGAGGAGAAGAAAACUGAAGGUAAAAUUGAUGAAAAGAAAGCUGAAGAUAAGGUGGUUGUAGAAGAAAAUGUUAGUAGUAUCAAGAAAGAAGAAGCCACUAGAACUGUGAAAUUGGUGUAUGGAGAUGAUAUAAGAUGGGCCCAAUUACCGGUUAAAUGUAGCAUUAUGCAGCUGAGGGAGACGGUUAAAAAUCGCUUCCCAAGCUCAAAGGCAGUUCUCAUCAAAUACAGGGAUCCAGAAGGUGAUUUGGUUACAAUCACCACCACUGAAGAGCUGAGAUGGGCUGAAGCGGCAGCAGAUUCGCAGGGUUCACUUCGACUGUACAUUGUAGAAGUUCAUCCUGAGCAAGAGCCAUUAUUUGAGGCAAUAGAAACUGGUAAAGAUGAGGAAGAGUCCUGGAAGAACCGAAAUAAAAUUGCCGAUGAUGGGAAUGGGGAAAUGGAAACAGAGCCAACUUGUGUUGAUGACUGGAUCAUCCAGUUUGCUCGUCUGUUCAAGAACCAUGUUGGGUUCAAUUCAGAUGCAUAUUUGGAUCUUCAUGAACUUGGGAUGAAGCUUUAUUCAGAAGCUAUGGAGGAUACUGUUACAAGUGAAGAAGCUCAAGGCCUUUUCGAUAUUGCAGCAGAGAAGUUCCAAGAGAUGGCAGCUCUAGCUCUGUUCAACUGGGGAAAUGUUCACAUGUCGAGGGCAAGGAAGAGGGUGUUCUUCACAGAAGAUGCUUCAAGAGAAUCCAUACUUGAACAGGUUAAAACGGCAUAUGAGUGGGCACAAAGAGAAUAUGUGAAUGCAGGGAACCGAUAUGAAGAAGCUCUAAAAAUCAAACCGGACUUCUAUGAAGGCCUUCUAGCACUUGGGCAACAGAAAUUUGAGCAGGCAAAACUUUCUUGGUAUCAUGCUAUAGGGAACAAAGUUGAUCUGGAGACAUGGCCAGCUUCAGAAGUUCUAGAGCUUUUUGACGGUGCUGAAGAUGAUAUGGAGAGGGGAACAGAGAUGUGGGGGGAGAUGGAGGAGCGGCAUCCUAACGAACUCUUGAAACCAGAUAAGGUAAAAACUGAGUUGCAGACAAUGGGGUUGGAUGGGCUAUUUAAAGAUGUAUCAGCAGAAGAAGCUGCAGAGCAGGCUGCAAAUAUGAGAUCUCAAAUAAAUCUUCUAUGGGGUACUAUGCUGUAUGAGCGGUCAAUUGUGGAAUUCAAAUUAGGGCUGCCUGUUUGGGAAGAAUGUCUGGAGGUUGCUGUUGAAAAAUUUGAACUUGCUGGGGCUUCUCCUACUGAUAUUGCUGUUAUGAUAAAGAACCAUUGCUCCAGUGAAAAUGCACAAGAAGGUUUGGGGUUCAAAAUUGAUGAGAUAGUACAGGCAUGGAAUGAGAUGUAUGAUGCUAAAAGGUGGCAGAGUGGUGUUCCAUCCUUCAGGCUGGAACCAUUAUUUCGAAGACGAGUUCCAAAACUUCAUCAUAUUUUGGAGCAUGUGUGAUCUAUCUUUUUUUGAUUUAGCUGGAUCAGAGUUUGAGCCAGAAUUCUUUAGAGCAGUGAAGGGAUUCAGUUUUUCUGCUCCAUUGUCCAGUGGCUGCAUUGGUGCUGAAUGAAAUAGGUUUCUUAUGCUAGAUCGGCUGUUCUUGAUUUUCUGUUAGAACCAAAGAAGAGAAGAAGGUUGUUAGUUUUGGAAUGGGGUUUUGUGUGUAAGCCGAGGAGCCAAUUAUGUCAAUUAAUUCUUCAUCUGGGGAACAAGAGCUCACCUCUCAAAAUGAUCGUAUGAAGAAGCAGAGACUUCUUUUUGUUGGUUUCUGCAUCUGCCCCUGGUUUCUCUCCAGAUUUUCAACAGGUAGGUAGAAGAUUGCAUUUGUAAUUUAUUCUUGAAAUAACACCUGUAAUGAUAUAUGGUUUGUUUGUUUAAGGGGUCUAUAAUUUAUUGAUACACGCCAGUUUUCUCAUUUGUAAUUUUUGUGAGUGUUACACAGAGGAAAACAGUUUUCUUU